CAACAACUGAGAAGUCUCAUAUAUACACACACAAGCUCUCUUUCUCCAUAGUCUCUCACCCAAGUCAUGGCUUCCUACUCCACCUACUUGAAGCUAUGCUUCACCAUCUUCUUCUUGAUAAAUUAUGUUCCGGCCUCUGUGCAGCUAUCAUCCACUUUCUAUUCGAGUUCAUGCCCCAAAGCCCUCUCGACCAUAAAGUCUGCUGUUAACUCUGCGGUGUCCAAUGAGCGCCGGAUGGGUGCCUCACUUCUCCGUCUCCAUUUCCAUGACUGCUUUGUCAAUGGUUGUGAUGCGUCUGUACUGUUAGACGAUACCGCAAACUUCAUAGGAGAGAAGACAGCUGCACCCAAUAAUAAUUCGGCGAGAGGUUUUGACGUGGUCGAUACCAUCAAGUCCAAACUAGAGAGCAUCUGUCCCGGUGUCGUUUCUUGUGCCGACAUCUUAGCCGUUGCUGCUCGUGAUUCCGUCGUGGCUUUGGGUGGAUCCUCAUGGACAGUCCCUUUAGGAAGGAGAGAUUCAACCACGGCAAGCUUAACUGAUGCAAACACCAACCUCCCAUCCCCCUUCUCGGAUCUUAGUGAUCUCAUAUCUGCCUUCUCAAACAAAGGUUUUACUACCAAGGAAAUGGUAGCUCUUUCAGGGUCUCACACAAUAGGGCUGGCAAAGUGCGCAUUAUUCCGAACUCGGAUCUACAAUGAGACCAACAUAAACACGAAGUAUGCAACAUCUUUGAAGAAAAACUGUCCGAGCUCAGGCGGCGAUGAUAAUCUCUCCCCUCUCGACACCACGAGUUCUACGGUCUUCGAUUCUGCCUAUUAUACCAACUUAAUCAACAACAAGGGCCUUCUACACUCGGAUCAACAGCUCUACAGCGGUGGUAGUGGCUCUACUGAUUCUCAAGUCAGGGCCUAUAGAAACAAUCCUGCAUCUUUCUUCACAGAUUUUGGGAACGCCAUGAUAAAGAUGGGAAACCUUAGCCCACUAACAGGCACUAGCGGUCAAAUUAGGACCAAUUGUAGGAUAGUUAAUUCAGGUUAAGAGACCCAGUUUCUUUAAUUUUUCAGUGCUCCUAUUCUGAUCAUAAUCCAAAUGUUGAUUGUACCCUGCCAAUCUUGAUGUACUUAAUAAGCAAACCAAAAUGGUUUGAUAUUAAUAAUCGAAUAAGGAUUAGAAAAAUUGAAUUAAAUUAUGUACGUACCAGUUAUUCAA